AUGGCGAAUUGGAUUCGAGUGAAGCCUUUGGGUCAGGGUUCCUAUGGCGAAGUGUUCUUAGCCAAACCAACCGCUGAUUCUCUCGACUAUUUCGCCAUCAAAGCAACUCAACUCCCACUCCACCAUUGUUCUUCUUUUUCUUCCCCGUUGCGGGAGAAGUGCAUUCUCGAAUGUUUCAUCGGAUGCCCAGAAAUAGUUCAGUGCUACGGAGGUGAGAUCAUAAUCAUGGAAGGAGAUUCCUUCGAUCUCGCUUCCUUCUUUCUGAUAAUGGAGUACGCUGCGGGAGGUUCUUUAGCUGACUUGAUUAAAAAACGAAAGAAGUUAGCAGAGAAUGAGGUGAAGGAUUAUCUGCGGAUGAUAUUGAGAGGAGUAGCUUGUAUUCAUGAUAAAGGCUUCGUGCAUGCUGACCUCAAACCGGGAAACAUUCUCGCAUUCCCUCAACCUGAUGGGAAGAUGAAGUUGAAGAUAACUGAUUUUGGGCUGACGAGAAGAUCAUGCGAGGAGGAGGAAGCCUAUGACGAUUAUUGUGUCGAGAGAAGGUUUCGAGGAACACCGAUAUACAUGUCGCCUGAAUCCGUCUACGGUCAGGUCAAAGCUCCGCUUGAUAUUUGGUCUGUGGGUUGCAUUGCGGUUGAAAUAGUUUCGGGAAAGCCGGUCUGGGAUGGCUGCCCGGACCAGAAGUUGAUGUUGAAGUUGGUGGAUAAGAUGGAAAUACCGAAAAUACCCGAAGAGUUUUCGGAGGAAGGGAAGGACUUUGUUGGAAGAUGCUUUGAUCUAGAACCCGAGAGACGAUGGACGGCCGAGAUGUUACUCCAACAUUCAUAUCUUAAAGAAGAAAAUAAAGAUGAAAUACAGAUGCGAUUUUUGCAUGGCCAUGUUAACAAGUUUAGGUCAGCAAUUUAA